AUGGAGCUCACCAUUGCUCAUUGGAAAAGCAUCUAUGAAGUUGGCUUCUGUCGCAAGCGCAACAGAGGCUUCGACUUUGACCUCCCAUUCGGCGAUGCCUACAACCAGACUGUGGCAUUGCCGGUGUACGAGGCGCUCCAUAGUGAGGCUGCGACUCGGCCUCACAUUCAAGACUGGGCUCGCUUCGUCAAGGGCAAGUUUGAGUCCCACUUCAAGUAUAAGAAGGGACAAAGCAAGAAGGAGCAGCCCGAUGUUGAGGCCGAGAACAAGGCUCGACGACGCCGGCAGCGAGCUCUUAGAAAACUGCAACGUCGCACCGGCGUCUUCGAGGCCCAACAGGAAGACUGCACAAGCCUCUUCUCUACCGAAUGUGUGCAGGUUUUAUCCUUUGACUAUAUGUCAGAGGACGAGACUGAUGCGGAGGAGACGGCUUCGUCGUCCACCCAACAGCAAGAACGUUGGAUGACGAAGCGUCCAAGCUGGAGAAGCAGAAGAGCAACUGCUUUUCUGGAGCACUUGGUCGCUCCCACCGUCUAUAGGCAACAUGCCUGUAGGCGGGUGGUCGAAGUCGAGUACCGUGAACCUGGCUUUCUCGUUCCCUUUGCUUCACGCCGUGAUGAGGAAGACUCGACACCUACGCUUGCAUCAAGCUGUGUAACACCGCUCGACAGAUUCCAAUGCAUAGCAGCAAAGAAAUGGGACUUGGUGGUGCCUUCAAUCGUUACAUCGUGGCGAAAAAAGAAGUCGAUUUGA